GCAACGCUCUGUUGACGUCAUCGAGACGCGACACUGUACUCACAUGCUCACUGUGUGAUUAUUAGAAGUAGUUUGGGUACAGUUGUUCGUGUUCGAUAUUCCAUUGUAGUUGUUAGACAGCUGACGAACACUGUUUUGCCAGAAUGAGUUCCCAGAUCACCUGUGUUGGUUGGGUCAAACGUGGCAUCGCCAAGGAACUCCCGGACAAAGUUGAGUUGAGCCAAGAGGAGCUUCAUCGCAUCAUAACUGAAGCGAAAGAAGAACUAGGAGAUCUAGAAGCUGAGGCUGAAGAAGAGGAUGAAGAAAGAAUGGCCCCUGAGGGGGUGAGUCCCAGUGAUGCUACAGCAGAUGUUGCUGAAGGGCCAAAAGAUGAGAGGAAAAAAGACAAAGAGGAGGAGGAUGAGCUUGCAGAAUAUGGCCUGGAUAAAUAUGAUGAAGAGGAUCAGGUGACUGCUAACCUUGGCGACAGUCUGGCUGGGCUCACUGUGUUCAGCUGUAAUGAGGAGGAUCCUUACAUCACCAUCAAAGAUACAGACCAGUAUGAGCGAGAAGACUUCCAAAUCAAAGCUAGUGACAAUCUCAUCCUGGCAGGACAGGCAGAGAAGGAUGCCUGCAACUUGGAGAUCUAUGUGUAUAACUCAGAAGAGGACUCUCUGUAUGUUCAUCAUGAUAUUCUGCUGCCAGCCUACCCACUGUGUGUGGAGUGGCUCAACUUUGACCCCAACCCAGCUGAAGGAUCUGCAAACUAUGCUGCUGUGGGCAACAUGACUCCUCAGAUAGACGUAUGGGACCUGGAUGUGGUGGACUGUUUGGAGCCCGUGUUCUCUCUGGGGAGCAGGAAGGCAUCUAAGAAGAAAAAGAAAAGCAAGAAGGGGGCAGCAGCAGAUCCAGGACAGGGGCACACCGAUGCAGUACUGGAUUUAUCCUGGAAUAAACUGGUCAGGAAUGUGUUGGCCAGUGGCUCAGCAGAUGAGACUGUUAUCUUAUGGGACCUGUCUCAAGGAAAGCCAGCCACAACUCUGCACAAGCACACUGAUAAGGUUCAGACGUUAUCGUUCCACCCGUUUGAGGCACAGACUCUGAUAUCAGGAUCAUUUGACAAGACAGCUAUCCUGUACGACUGUCGCAGUCCAGACAACAGCCAUAGAAUCUGGAGGUUUAGUGGUCAGGUGGAGCGCCUGGUCUGGAACCACUUCUCACCUUGCAACUUUCUGGCCAGCACAGAGGAUGGUUUUGUCUACUGUCUGGAUGCUCGUUCAGAUAAGCCUGUUUUCACACUGAGAGCACACGAUGAGGAAGUGUCAGGUUUGGAUCUUAGCAGCCAGAUUAAAGGAUGUCUAGUCACAUCUUCAGCUGACAAACACGUUAAGAUAUGGGACAUUAUGGGUAACAAACCAAACCUGGUACACUCGCGGGAUAUGAAGAUGGGUAUGCUGUUCUGUUCUUCGUGUUGUCCUGAUCUGCCCUUCGUUUAUGCCUUUGGUGGACAGAGGGAAGGCUUAAGAGUUUGGGAUAUAAGUGACGUUGCAGCAGUUGCCGAGGUUUUUGGCAGUCGAGAGCGCUUGGUGGCGAACACAGGAUCACAAGCAUCCAGCAGUGCAGCCACAGCCGAGAUGGAAGUUUCUUGAUUUUCUAAAUGGAGCAACAAGAAUAAAUAAACUCAACUUCUCUAAAAACACA